GCCCACCUACCGUUACAGACCAGUCUGUUCCAGAAGUGACAGAAGAGCAGUUUUAUCCCAAGUUGCUUAAAUUAUCUAAUUGCAAUCACCAUGGGCAUAAAGGACAGCUUCAUGGGAGCAUCUCUGCUGAUGAAGGUGUGUUUCCUGGUACUGCUUGUGGCCCAGGUGUGUAAUUACAUCGCCUUCACCAUUCCACAGUGGGGGAAGAGAUACACGGCUCCAGUCGGAGACUUUUUCGUUGGGUACGGUUUGUGGAGGUUCUGCAGCAACUCAGAAGUGCCCUCGGCGUGUGGUCAGUUGGAUGGAACCAGACUAGACUGGUACGCCACUGUGCAAGCACUUUCUGUGUUCGGCUUUGUAGGAAUUAACGUUGCGUUCCUUGUUGUGACUCUCCAGAUAUUCUCCUCUGUGUGCAAGGGUGUCAGUGACCUCGGCUUCUGGAACGCCCUCUGCUGCUUUGUGACUGCUGCUUGUUACCUGGUGGCCGUUAUAAUCUUCGGAACGAACUUUGACGAUGGUUUCUUCACCUACAUCGGCGGAGUGAUCAUUCGCGAGGGAGAGUUCGGUUUCAGUUUCGGCUUCGCCAUUGUCGCUCUUGUCUUGGAGAUUGUGGCGGGAGUUCUGAUGUUGCUGGAUGGAAAGGGCGUCACUGUGACGUCACCGUCGUAACGAUGGCACACUCAUGAUGGUACCCCACCAUUGACUCUGUAGAUAUAUUCAACUUUCUCACCUCAGUAUGUUAUUGGUUUGUUAAACGUUAUUUCCAUUAAAUGAGUUUGUUUGUU